AUGAUGGCAAAGGCAAAGGUAAAGAUUGCCCGGCUCAAGAGAAGACUCCCUGAGGGGGAAGAGUACAAAUGGCCCAAGAAUACAGGAUUGAGAAUGGUCGGGCCCAAAAAAGAUGGUAACAUCGAGGAAGAGAACAAGAUCACGCGCGACAAUCCAUUAGAGCCACCUCGUCUAUACGGCUUCUCAAAUGCAAGCGAACAGAGUUGGUUCCUGAGAGCCCUCGCUUACUCACACGUUCAGGAGCGCGACGACUGGGACUUAAUGCUGGACCCCAUUGGGUUUCAGAAUAGGUCAACAAGGAAGAAAUGGCGAGGCUUUCAUGAUGCUCGCAGCUUCAAAUGCUUCGUGGACUGGCAUAAGGGCCCCCAAGUGACAAUCGAAUGGGCACAGAAAAUUGCGAUUUUCAAUGCCUUUGACGAUAGCUGGGAUGAGGGGCAUGAUUCAGUCUGGAAGAGAAGACCCUGGCAGACUUGGGCUGCGGUUCUUAGGCCGUUAGGUGGGAGGGGGAGAGAUCUCUUUAUUUUCGAUAGCGAUUGGGAGUGUAAUACGGACGAGAAAGACAUCCGGAUGGAUGAAUCAGACUCCAUCACCUCACGAAGAUGCAACAAAGAUUGACAUUGUAUCUUGUCAAGGGGAAAGGACUGCGAAUGCGCAACAUCUUUAUUCGAGGUAGUGCAAGGGUGAGAAAUUGCGCAGAAAAGACUGGCGAGUUUAUCCGCGAGAUUGUUACACAGAGAUGGUCGCUACCAAUUCCUUGGAACGCCAUGAAGAUUCUGGAAAGCUGGUAUUAUGUGCGACAAUCUGAAAGCCAGUGUCCGGUCGUUGCAUCUGCGACAGACAAGAUCGACGGUUUUGAUGAAGAGUGGCCAGAAAUGCCAGAAAUGCAUCAUGGCCAACAAGUGACUCGGAUCGACCAUAUUGAAGAUGAUACCGACCAGGAAUGGGAAACAUCACAUUGGGAAGUGUGUUCCAAUAUAGGAGACAACGAAGUCACAGAGGCUUCCAUCGAACCUCCAGCGAAGUGGGAUUUCAAAGGCGAGGGCCAAGAGGUCUUUGUAGACAACUCGAACAAUUUAAGCCAACCGAGACUUAAAGAUAGACUCGUCGCUGAAAAAUACAGCAAAGUUGGCAAGUCUUGCGAAUCCAUCCUUAACCAAGAAGAUGAGCCGAUGAGCAUGUCCCCACUCCGGCAUGAACAGAUAGACAAAACUGUGGGGUGGCCCCAGGAGAAUUUGCAACCGUCAGUAGAGAUUGAAUCUCAUUCUCCGGCACACGUUCAAGAUAAGACCUCUUCAAACGAAAGCGAACUCCUGGAGGACGUCGAAGAGCAACUGUACGACGCCGAGAGAGCGCUACGUAGCAGAGAUCACUAAUGCUGAAAGCGAACUUGCGCUGAAGAGAAAAGAGCUUGAGUUGAGGCAGAAAGAAAUCGAUCUUGACCGAGAAGAGCAAGCAAUUGCGAACAUGAGAUAUAUUGAUCUCAGAUCCCGAACUCAAAGCCUGCGAGCCACAUUGGAGAGAAGAUCAGCUUCAAGAUCUUCCGAAUUGUCAUCGAGGUCCCGUUCAAGGAUCAGAAAAGAUAGCCCUACCUUAUCAGUAGGUACCGCUCUCAACAAGGCAAGGAAAGUGAUCUGAGCCUCUCGCUGUUCUAGUCUUUUUGAGGGGGAAACACAUUGGAGGAUCCAAUCCCGAACUCGAGUGUCUGCGUUGAGAAUCAAUAGUUGAAAACAUAUGACCACAUUCGCGUGUUUUGCUUUGUGUUCUGUUGCUGCUGCGCAUUUGAUAGUCAUUAACUAUCUUUCAAGACAAAAAAGGUAAGGUUGAUAGUCGUCAUCUCUGACAACGCGAAAUUAUGUAGCCAUUGGUGAAAAGUUUCGCCUGCGUAAACUUACGCACUCACUGCCACUUGAAGCCACAAGCUCUCAACCACCUAGCCCUUGAAGAAAAGAAGCAAGUCGCAAAGCAACAAUAUGAAAUCCUAUUAAAGCCUCCAAAACUGCCACAACUCCCGGAAUCGCCCAAUCGAAAGGAAGUUCUGCACUCUGGUAACACUCCCCCUCCAAUACACAAGCGCAGUGCAUAA